CGAAGUGUCUUCUGGUGGCGUACUCCGCCUUGUACUUCCAUAUGAUCGGUUUAGCAUCGUACUGCACGUUUAGGAAACUCCCCUUGGCAAAAAUAAUCGUUUCGGUUUCAAUCAUGUUUCUCAUUCUCGGUUCAGUGUGGAUGGGUCGAAAUAACUCGCCUCGGUCGCGUGGUCUCAUUUUCGCUGGAUUGUCCUAUUGGCAUAGCAGAUAGAAAACGUAAAAAGCUAUUCGUUUUCGUGAGCUUGGUCGUUCGGUCGCUGAAAUCUUCGGUGUCUAUGGCCGGGUACGUUUCAUCUUGCAACAUACAUCGCAAUUCAUUGUUCGUCGCAGGGUCCCCCAUCAACAUUCCCAAUUUUCCUCCGGUUUUGAUUGUAAUCAUCAGGGCACAUUUCUUUUUCAUCUACAUUUACAGAACAGGAGCAGCUGCAUCUACAAUCGUCAAUUGAACUGCUGCAUCUAGUACAAUCGUCAAUCGCGAAAAUGGAACCCAUCCUCGAGCUCGAGCUCCUCGGCAACGAGGCUUAUUGCGAGGGUGAUGCUGCGGGUUCCCUCAAGCAUUUCGAGAACGCCCUUGAGGAACUAGAAAAAUACCAAAAGGAGCAGUUCACUGGUGUGGGUGUGCGCAUGUCUACCACGGGAGACGACGAUGAGGAUGGCGAAGGACCAGCUAUGAAGAGGGAGAACCGCGAACAGGUGAAGGAAUUGCGUGGUCAGCUGUUGGUUAGUAUCGCGAACUGCCAAUUGGAUCUGGGACGCGCUUAUUCGGCUCACUGUAGUGCAGUGCAAGCCGUGAAGGGGCUGACGCAAGCGGGGAUAUCGGUAAAAUAAUAAAAACAACUUCAAAUUUAAAUUUUCAUUUUCAUUUUACCUAACCUUACUUUUUCUUCCUAGUUAGCUUGGCUCCACCCGUAUUUUAGAUGUUGACUGAGGUGGACUCUUCAAAUGAAAGUGAAUAAUUGUUGGACAGGGCGUGAUAGAUCCGAAGAUUGUAGUUGAGGAUUGAUUAAGACGUUGUAGCCCUCCACCUACGGCUGCGCUAAUCCGCUUGAGUAUGCAGGUAAAACUGUGGACGGCGGACUGAAUCUACUUAAUCCUACUGAAUCUUAAUCCUAAUCUUAAUCCUAAUCCUAACCAUCUUCAUAUUCCCAAUCCUAAGCAUCAUCUUCAGGCAACAGAAGCCCGUCUGGUUCGUGCGCGAAGCGUCGUCCACAUGGAGCGGCGCGAUGAGAUGUACUACGAGGACGAAGUGGAACACGAAAAGCUCCUAGCAGAGGCUUUGACUGACCUACACGCAGUUUUGCAUGCUGAGCCCUCAAAUCAACCCGCUCGGAACGAACUGGCGCGUCUUGAGGCGAAGAAAAAGAGCGACGCAGCAGGGAUCAGCACAUUGGAAGGUUAUGGCUGGGAUUUUAUACAACGGGUCGUGUGCGACUCUCAUGUUACAUCAAUCAGAAGUAUAAGUUCAUUCUUGAAGUAUGAUGCUGGCUCCUGUACGGAUGUAUACGUACGGUAUCAGUAUGAUCACUUCUUAGCAUCUGAUGCGGUUGUCCUCCUCCUCCCUAAUCCUCCGGUCCCGAAUACGGCGAUGCAACUCCUCUGGCUUCUUCCUCAUCACGGAAAUCGUUAGGGACUCGUAAGAGCUCUGUUUCGAACUUGAAGGCGAAUUUGCUCUCCAGUGCAGGCAACCUGCCAGGACCGCGAAAUCGACCUCGAAGUUUGAGCCGUGGGACGGGGGCUAGAAGUAGAAAUAAUGCAAAUGCGGCGAAUGCUGCUACAAAUUGUAGUGGCGGAACUACAUCAAGUGGGGUGGUCUUUACCCCUGUAGGGGGUGUGGUUGGAGGUGCUAAUCGAGGAAACACCUCGUUUACUGCCAGUAAUACGGGUUCUGGUAGAGGCGGAUUGACAUCUUCAGCGAGUGUGGCAAGCUUUGGCGAAGCAAGGAGCAGAGGCAGAGAAGCUAAGAAUUUUUAUGGACGAGGAGGGGGAGAACAAGGCUACGAUGUUGCUGUUGGGGGAGCAGAUGGUAUCAACGAGUUAUGUCCUUUGUUUGAUAUUGACGAGGAGGAGGACGAGCAAAACAUGUUCUAAGUUAGUUACUUCACUAAUAAAUAAUUGAAUGGACAUGAUCCCAUCCAAUAAAUGCGUAAAAAUACAGUUUCUUAGGUGAUCGAGUAAGGAUCUUCGCAGCACGGAGCGUUCGCAUGACAUUCCAUAUGCGUCGCGUACAUACGUCUGCAAUUUUUUGCUUUCACUUCACCCUACACCCUACAAACCGAGGUACAACCCCCAUCCCCGCACCGGUCAGCCGUUUCAACCGUCCACAGACAAGCGAUGGUCAGCGGAGUUUGUCAAGGAGUGGUUCUAGAAACCUGAUGAAACAAGCCAUCGCACUAGCCCCAAGUCGGUUGAACGUGUUGCAGUUCUCGGGUACGGCUUCGAAUCUGGCGACAUCUAAUUCUUCUGUGGGAGGAGGUCAAGGUGGGAGACGGGCGUUUAGGUGAGGACUAAAACCCGAGGGCGAUGCUGAUGAAGAUAGAUCAUGUCGAAUUCAAAUAAUCGUCCUCUGUGCUGAGCUACUAUGGAAAUUGAGAUGAUAGCGCUAGAACAUGAAACAUUCAACUCGUUUACUUUCAUUCGUGUCGCUUCGAAAGUUUUGUGCCCGAUGUUGAACUUUUUUUUGUUCCUUGAAGUACUUAGAUGCUGCUCACGCUCACCUAGAGAACCAUAACAAUCUUCCCUCUUCUGAACGCCCUAAAAAAGCUGAACUAAACCAACUUUUUUGAAGCUUGCUUCUAUCAAAUUAUGGAGGCACUAGAGGAUCUAAUCGCUAAGCACCUUGUUCAGGGC